AUGCAAAUGCGAUGCACUGUUGAUGUCCAUCAAUUACACGCAUAUGCUCCAGAUCUCCAGGCCCUGUCUGCAAGGCGGUUGCUCUCAAGCGAUUUCAAAAUGCACAAGACCAAGUUCACGCAGGGAAGUCAGAAAAAGAACACGUCCCGCCUAGACUCAAUGAUUCAUCAGCGAGAUAACGAAGAAGAUAGCCAUCAACAGACGGAGAAAGUUUUCACACACAUCAAUCGUCUGUUCGUUCAAAUUCAAUUGCCCAUCGAAAGACGUUCAUCACGUCGCUGUCAUCCCGCCUUGGAGAGUUAUAGGAACUCCCACCGGAUUUUUAUAUGGGCGCUUGGAUUCCGAGCAAAGUCAUUGGGGAUGCCAACGAUUUCAAGAGGAAAAUUAGCAGAUACCCAAAACGAUGUGGAGGUAUAUGCUCGUGAUUCGGGGGUCUCUUUCGACGAGCAAGACGAUCACGCUUAUGAGCAAGCACGACGGAGUCGAAGUCAUUUGCGAGGACUUGCAUCUCCUCCGCCUAAUACACCUCCCCCGCUUCCACCUCAGCACUCCCCGCAGAGCCCACCGCCAGACAGGUCAUACUCAGAGCUACUUGUUGCAUUUCAGAGACAGAAACAGGUGAUUGCGAAGCUGCGGGCAGCGAACGAGGAACAUGCGAUCAACGAGGAACGACUUAGAUCGGACCUUCUUGCUAUGUCCCACAGGUAUCUCGAAGCGCGAGUACAGGUCGAAGCACUCGAGAAACGCUGCAAAGACGCGGAGAUGCGGGUGGAGGGGCUCUCCUCACAGCUCGAGAACCAGAAUGUCCGAGGCUCCGGUCCAGCCUCUUUUGGUAGACGUUCGGAUGACGAUCACUCCCCAAGGACAUGGCAGGAUGUUCGGGACCAGGCACGACAGGCAUCAAAGAACCGCAGGGAUGACUAUGCAGAUACAGCGACAGUCAGUGCUGGUACAGUGGACUCAUCGGAGUACGUCGCAGUCGAAUUAUCGCCACGUCCGGUAACUCGCCCGGAAAUUUCUCUUGAAGAGGUCCUAGGGCUGGUCAGAGCGAUUAAUAUGCAAUCGCUUGAACUAGCACGGUCAUGUAUUUCAUGCACCACGUUCAGGCCGGGGGUUAGGACGAUACAAGCAGAUAAUAAAAUGGUCGUCGACCUCACCAAUGCCAUUGGCUGUAUAUUGGUGCAGACGCUUCGUUCCAGGGAUCACAGCAAAAACAAAGCGACAAUUGAGCUAGGAUUCCGAGCCUUGUUAUCUUACCACGUCUCCAAGUUAAUCGAGGAUUGGCCAUUUCAGAAUCAGGAUGAAAAUAUAAAUCCGGAAGAUGCGGAAGAUGAUUCAGAAGAUCCAUCGACCAGUGAGAAGAAAAAGUAUAGUGGAUCUGCGGAAAGAGUUCUCAGAGACAUUGCAACCGUUCUGACACUAAGCGGGUCUCCUGGUCAGCCUUCAUCUCUGAUACGAAGCCAUAGGGAACGCAUAGGUUCCACACUCGAUGCUCUAUUCAAAACUGCAGAGAGAUUAGCGUGCCGGAUAAAGGAAGGAAGGUUCGAUGGACCGCUACCAGCGGAGUACAGUUUCCUGUACGCGAGGCCGGGUGCCACCUUCAACAAGGACCUCAUGCAGAGAAAUAGCACACAACAAUCGAUGGCGAUCUGGAAAAGCGCAUCGAAAAGGCCCGUCCAGGUGCUUUGCACGCGGGAAGUAGGACUGGCACGCCUGCAUCGGGCACCUGCUGACACUGGUCCUCUGAGCAGGGAGAGCUCGAGAAGCAGUACCAAUAAUACCCAGGUAGCUAGAACAAAGGAGAUGGAGGUGUUGUCCAAAGUUGUCGUAGUCUUUGAAUCAGAUUUAGACAAAUGA